AGCGAGCAGCAGGGGGCGGUAAACCACCGCACUUCCACCAGAACCGUAGAAGAAGAAGGCGCAGCAGUCAGCGCACAUUAGCCUGUUAGCUUGGAAGCUAACUGCUUUGCCAUGAAGGUUCUUCUGUGAAACGGUGCAUUGCCGCCGGCGAUGGCUCUGAUCGAAGGCGUGGGAGACGAGGUGACGCUGCUCUUCGGCUCGCUGCUGCUGCUGAUGGUGCUGCUGCUCGCCUGGAUCUCCACCCGCACCUCCGAGCCCUCAGAGCAGCCCUUCGCUUCUUCCGCGGCCCCUGCGCCGCCACAGAGGGCCACCUCCACGCCGCAGGAUGCGCCCCUCUCCUCCGCCGGCUCGCCGUCCUCCUCGGCCCGCGGCGCUCCGUCCGAGGCUCCGCCCACCGCCGCCCCCCAUGAAGAGGAGGAGUCUGAGGGAGGAGGCGGAGUUAGGAGACGAGGAGAAGGUCAGAGGAACAUGGUGGUCCGCCUGAAGUUCCUCAACGACACCGAGAGAACGGCUCAGGUCCAACCGCAGGACACCAUCGGCUACAUCAAACGAACUUACUUUGCGGGUCAGGAGCAGCAGGUGCGGCUCAUCUACCAGGGCCAGCUGCUGCAGGACGACGCCCAGACUCUGGCCUCGCUCAACCUGGCCCACAACUGCGUCCUCCACUGCCACAUCUCCCAGAACGCCGCGCCGGGGGCCCCGGGGGCGGCGCGGCCCGGCGACCAGGUGCAGGUGGCGCUGAACGUGGGCAGCCUGAUGGUGCCGCUGCUGGUGCUGAUGCUGUCGGUGCUGUGGUACUGUCAGAUCCAGUACCGGCAGUUCUUCACCGCCCCCGCCACCGCCACCCUGGUGGGCAUCACCAUCUUCCUCAGCCUGGUGGCCUUCGGGGUCUACCGCCGCUAGCUGCUCCCAUCGGCCGACAGACGCGACGGCGGCCGCUGAUUCCGUUGCCAUGGAGAUGUUGAGUGUAAUAAGGACUUUGAUUUUUAUUUUUUUAGAUGCUGUUUCUCAUUGCUGUGCCUGUGAGCGAGUGGGCGGCGGCUCACCUGUCUGUUUCUCACCUGUUACCUGUCUGUCUGAGGGAGAUUAAAUCAUUAAUUUAU